AUGGGACGCAAAAGCAGCUUGAUCCUCGCUCUUCUGUGCUGGGCAGCGGGUGAGGUGGCUGCCUACACUCCCUGGGACUUCUCCUGGGCUGACCUGGCGAGCCGGGGAGUGCAGGCAGACCCCCACGCCUGGUCCUGGCUGGAAGACCCCCAUUCCCGAUCCAUCUCCAGCAACCAGCCGGUGGUGGUGCAGUGCCAGGAGGCUCAGCUGGUGGUGACGGUGAACAGGGACCUCUUUGGCACCGGCCGCCUGAUCAAUGCGGCUGACCUGACGCUGGGGCCAGCAGCGUGCAAACAUGCCUCAUUGAACCAGAACUCCGUCAUCUUCACCGCUGGCCUCCACGAGUGUGGCAGUGUUGUGCAGAUCACACCAGAUUCCCUCAUCUACCGCACGCUCCUCAACUAUGACCCCAGCCCUGCCAGCAACCCCGUCAUCAUCCGCAGCAACCCCGCUGUAAUCCCCAUCGAGUGCCACUACCCCAGGAGGGAGAAUGUGACCAGCAACGCCAUCCGGCCAACCUGGGCUCCCUUCAGCUCCACGCUGUCGGCGGAGGAGAGGCUGGUGUUCUCCCUGCGCCUCAUGAACGAGGACUGGAGCGCUGAGAGACCCUUCACGGGUUUCCAACUGGGUGAUGUCCUCAACAUCCAAGCAGAGGUGGGCACCGAGAGCCACGUGCCGCUGCGGCUGUUCGUGGACAGUUGUGUGGCUGCCCUGAGCCCCAGCACUGACUCCUCACCCCACUACUCCAUCAUCGACUUCAACGGGUGCCUGGUUGAUGGGAGGCUGGACGACACCAGCUCUGCCUUCAUCACCCCCCGGCCCCGCGAGGACAUGCUGCGCUUCAGGAUCGACGUGUUCAGGUUCGCAGGGGACACCAGGAACCUG